GGGCACAGCAGGCAACUGCCUGUUCUGUUGAGCCAGAAGACAAGCAGCGAUGGCAUAGGUAAAGGGGAAGCCAAAUGUUGCAACGCCUGGAGAGCGCGUACGCCGCUGAAAAUCCACGAAGCAAUUCGUUUUUAAACUGUUUUGUGGCAAGAACUGAGCUACUGAGCUGGGCGCAAAAGGAGCCUGGAAAAUGUAAUUUAUGCUUCUCUUUGCACUGAACUGUUGUCAAUAUUCAUAAUACUUGCAGUUUUGGGGGAAAAAAACCCAGUUGUUUUGGCUGGUAGUUUGGAAUAGAAAACUAACUUUAAGGCAGUUUUCUGCACGGAGAAAAUUAGAAUCCGGCUACUGCUCUGCUGCAGAACGUGCUUUUGUUGCUGAAAAACUGCUACGCUGCAAAGUUUUCAGGAGGCGCACAGUGUUGCUGGAGUAUAAACUGAAAAGAAACGCCUAGGUAAUUGAUGGUGGAUUUCAGUGAAUGAGCUUAAAAAAUGAGACAUGGGGUUUCACCAUCAAUGGCAAAAUAUUGCCAUGGCAAUGGGUAGCUUUGCCAGCAAACAAACAACAACAGGCCUUUUCUCUUUCAGCGAAAAGUUAGAGAGUUUGCCGUUCUCACCUCAGCAGAAGUUUGUGCCACCCAACGUCCCGGAGGGAUCAGUUCCCGAGGCGGAAAGGUAGCGCACCCUACUUAGCCGGUUGGAUUUUCCCCAUCUUACAGCACCUCGCAGGUCUCUGCUCUGAGCAGUACGUUGCCUGAGUGAGUGGAAACAUACAGAUCAGCUGCAGGUUUCUGUCUACAAAAACAGAGUGAAAGAGAAAGAAAAGGGUUGGGAAAGCAGAGACAAAUAUUGACCUGGACUUAUAGAAAGACAUCCAAUGGCUGAAUAAAGAACCCCUGUUCAUGUUUUGGGAUAUUCUUUCAACUGGCUGGAACGAGAGCAGAUCAAAAGAAUGGGAAAUGCCAGCAGACCCUUUAGAAGAAUUGCUUAUUUCUUAUGCCUUUUAUCUGUGCUUUUGCUGACUGAAGGGAAGAAACCAGUGAAGCCAAAAUGUCCUGCCUGGUGUACUUGUACCAAAGAUAAUGCUUUAUGUGAAAAUGCCAGAUCUAUUCCUCGCAGCGUUCCGCCUGAUGUUAUCUCACUAUCCUUUGUGAGAUCUGCUUUUACUAAAAUCCCAGAAGGGAGUUUUUUGCUCACACCAUCUCUGCAGCUUCUGUUGUUUACAUCAAACACUUUUGAUGUUAUUAGUGAUGAUGCUUUCAUGGGCCUUCCUCAUCUAGAAUAUUUGUUCAUAGAGAACAACAGCAUUAAGUCAAUUUCAAGAAAUACUUUCAGAGGACUGAAAUCUUUAAUUCACCUGAGUCUUGCAAAUAAUAAUCUCCAAACGCUUCCAAAAGACAUAUUCAAAGGCUUGGAUUCUUUAACGAAUGUGGAUCUUAGAGGAAAUGCAUUUAAUUGUGACUGCAAACUGAAGUGGUUAGUGGAAUGGCUGGGUAGCACCAAUGCAACAGUUGAAGACAUUUACUGUGAAAGCCCACCAGAAUAUAAGAAGCGCAAAAUCAAUAGCCUCUCUCCAAAAGAAUUUGAUUGCAUUAUUACAGAGUUUGAAGUUUAUCAGUCCCUGCCAUAUCAAUCUCUGUCAGUAGACACUUUCUCAUACAUGAAUGAUGAGCAUGUGGUUAUUGCCCAGCCUUUUACUGGAAAAUGCAUUUUUCUUGAAUGGGACCAUGUAGAAGUGAUGUUCAGGAAUUAUGACAACAUUACAGGUACUUCAACUGUUGUGUGUAAACCUAUAGUUAUUGAGAGUCAGCUGUAUGUCAUUGUCGCGCAGCUGUUUGGAGGCUCCCACAUAUAUAAAAGAGAUAUUUUUGCUAAUAAGUUUAUAAAAAUUCAAGAUAUUGAAAUCCUUAAAAUCCGAAAACCCAAUGACAUUGAAACUUUCAGGAUUGCUGAAGACUGGUAUUUUGUUGUUGCAGACAGUUCGAAAGCUGGUUUCACCACUGUUUACAAAUGGAAUGGGAAUGGAUUUUAUUCCCAUCAGUCUCUGCAUGCCUGGUACAGAGAUACUGAUGUGGAGUAUCUUGAAAUAUCCGGCAAACCACAUUUAAUUCUAUCAAGUAGUUCCCAAAGACCUGUAAUAUAUCAAUGGAACAAAGGAACAAAUGAAUUUGUUAAGCGUUUCGAUAUCCAAGAUAUGGAAGAUGCAUAUGCAGUGAAACAUUUCAAAGUGAAAGAGGAUGUGUACAUUUGUUUAACAAGAUUUAUUGGGGACUCUAAAGUAAUGAAAUGGGGUGGUUCAGCAUUCCUGGAUUUACAAAGGAUGCCAUCCCGAGGGUCAAUGGUAUUCCAACCACUUCAGAUAAGUAAUUAUCAAUAUGCCAUUCUUGGAAGUGAUUAUUCUUUCACUCAAGUCUAUUAUUGGGAUGCUGAAAAAGCAAAAUUUGUGAAGUUUCAAGAAUUAAACAUACAGGCACCAAGAUCUUUCAUACAUGUCUCCAUCGAUAAACGAGAUUUUCUCUUUGCUUCAAGUUUUAAGGGAACUACACUGAUUUAUAAACAUGUCAUAGUUGACUUAAGCGCAUGACACUCCUAAUUCUGAGAUUACAUCAGACUUUCUACCAUAAGUGGACAAAAUGAACUAAAUGCAUGAUGACUCUCUUAUCUUACUUCCAAAUGAAUGCCUUUAAAAGUUGAGAUUGCUAGAACAAAGUAUUACUAGUAUCUUCAUCUUUAAUUGUCAAGUCUAGUGGUGUUGGAAGUUGCAUUUUUUAACAAAAAGAAAUUAAAUUAACUGUUCUUUGCAUCCACAGUAUGUAAAUAUGUGUGCAACUGCAUCUGUUGCUAUAAAGAAUAUUAAGAUGUAAUUUUCCAUUUAUUUAUUCACCUGUUUGAAACAACUGCCAAAUAAAAUGUUUACAUUUUGUGUCUUUCACAUUCCAAAUGUUAUUUGCAGAUGAUACUUUUUAUUUGUGUAUAUACUAUACACAUAUAAAAUAAACCCAAACAGGCAUACUGCAGUGUUGUACUGCAUGGAAGAUGCACAAUAUUAAAGAUCAGGUGUUUUUUACAUAUAAUCAGAAGUUCUCAAUAAAAAUAUAGCAUUUAACCCCAAUCCUAUAAACAAUCACCUAGACAGAUCCUUGCAUUUAUGUGGUGCUCCACUGGUUUAAACAGGACUCCACCCAGAGAAAAGGGUUUGGUUAUACAGAUCUGGUUGUAGGAUGGGGCUUUGUAUUGUGUGUAGUUGCAAGUGCUUGUUGUUGGUGGGGUUUUUUUAACUUACAGAGGAAUCAACAGAAUAAAAGCUGAUAUAAAGGCCUUUCUCCACCUCAUGCUGAAGCAGCACAAAACAAAUGUCUGGUAUGACACUUGGGCCAUCACUGUGCUGAAAGCUAGAAGCAUAGCUUAUUUCAGCUAGCAUCAUUUCUAUAUCUGAACCGUUACACACCACUUGCAUGAAUUCUUUGUAUCUCUGUCAAGCCUUUCCACUGUAAGUCCAAUUAUUUGAUCUUCAGUGAAUUUCUCCAUUCUUCUGAAUGAGGCUACUGAAUGUGAAGUCAUUUUUUCCCCUAUCCUGCAAUGAUGUUCAAUAACAGAUACUCUUGAAAUUCAGGGAAUUUUGAAUGUGGCAGGACAAAUUCAGUUGGUGUAGCACAUGCAACUCCUAGGAGGCUACCUACGGCUGUUAAAUUACAGCAGUUCUGAAUUUGGCAUGAAAAUCUAUUACAAACUCAAAGUUAAAAUAGUCUUUUUUUUACAUACAUCUAGUGCAUCACUCGUGAGACACCAACACCAACUUGCUGCUGAAGAUCAUUCAAUGCAGCUCAGGAAGAGAGCAUAGAUGGAU